AAAAACAAACAUUCCAUUCAUCCUCGUCCAACCAGAGGAACAAACACAACAAACCUUGUCUCUCUCUCUCUCUCUUCCCAACCAUGUCAUCAUCCUCAACAACACCAAUUCUGAAAGAUGAAUUGGACAUCGUGAUUCCAACGAUACGAAACCUCGAUUUCUUGGAACAGUGGAGACAAUUCUUUCAACCUUAUCAUCUCAUCAUUGUUCAAGAUGGUGAUCCUUCAAAAGUCAUCAAAGUCCCUGAAGGAUUUGACUAUGAACUUUAUAACCGUAACGAUAUUAACCGAAUUUUGGGUCCUAAGGCUUCUUGCAUUUCAUUCAAAGACUCUGCUUGUCGUUGCUUUGGUUUCAUUGUUUCAAAGAAGAAGUAUAUCUUUACUAUUGAUGAUGAUUGCUUUGUUGCCAAAGAUCCAUCUGGCAAAGAAAUUGAUGCACUGCAGCAGCACAUUAAGAACUUGCUGACUCCAUCAACCCCAUUUUUCUUCAACACUCUAUAUGACCCAUAUAGAGAAGGUGCAGAUUUUGUUCGCGGCUAUCCGUUCAGUCUUCGAGAGGGUGUCCCAACUGCUAUUUCUCAUGGCCUUUGGCUCAACAUUCCUGAUUAUGAUGCUCCAACUCAGCUUGUCAAGCCUCUUGAAAGGAACACUAGGUAUGUGGAUGCUGUUAUGACAAUACCAAAGGGAACCCUCUUUCCCAUGUGUGGUAUGAAUUUGGCAUUCAACCGGGAAUUGAUCGGUCCUGCAUUGUACUUUGGACUCAUGGGUGAAGGCCAACCUAUUGGUCGCUACGAUGAUAUGUGGGCUGGGUGGUGCAUGAAGGUCAUAAGUGACCAUUUGGGAUUGGGAGUGAAGACAGGUUUACCUUAUAUCUGGCACAGCAAAGCUAGCAACCCAUUCGUGAAUCUUAAGAAAGAGUACAAAGGAAUUUACUGGCAGGAAGAGCUUAUCCCAUUUUUCCAAUCUGUUUCUCUUCCAAAGGAAUGCACAACUCCUCAAAAAUGCUACAUUGAACUCUCCAAACAAGUUAAAGCAAAACUUGGAUUGGUUGAUGACUACUUCAACAAGCUUGCUGAUGCUAUGGUCACUUGGAUUGAAGUUUGGGAUGAACUUAACCCAUUUGAUGAAAAAACUCUUGCAUUGCCUAAUGGUGUAUCAAAGUAGAUUCUUGAUCUAUUUGAGGCUCUAGUAAUAAGUUAUUAUGCAAGGAAGAGGAUAUGGUUAUACUUAUCAAUUUACUUUUUUGUGUUUUUUUUUUCUUAGAACAAUAAUAAUAAAGUUUGAAUUGAUCUUAAUUGUAUUGUUUUAUAUAAUUUCUUCAAGAUGGAAUGUAACUUAUUGUUAGACUAUGUUGAUUUUCAAAUUUAAUAGUGAGAUUAUUGCUUUUGGGAA